CCAGUGGUCCGCUAGCUGCUUGCAUAUAUGCAGGCAGUCAGUGCAACUCUGCAAGCACUAAAAGUGCUCUCCUUGUCUUCGUUGACACUGACAGCCUGACGAACUGGCCUGCGUCAUUCCACCAGAAUGCACCCUGCUGCCCUGUCCCCUAUAAAACAAGCUCACAAAGCCCCCCAUGUCUGCCAUUAUCCAGUCCCGAGCUCCAGAUCAGAUCAGAUCAAUAAACAUAUACACCUCAGAAGGAGAAGAAAAGAGAAGAGAUGGGUUCGUGCGUCUCGCGUUCUCCGGCGUCGGCGGGGUCAGUGGCGCCCACGGCGAAGGUGAUCGACAUGGACGGCUCCAUGGCGCAGUUCGCGGCGCCCGUCACGGCGAGCGAGGCCCUGGGGACGGCAGCAGCGUCGGCGCGCUUCUUCCUCUGCAGCUCCGACGAGCUCCGAUUCGAGGCGCCUCCACGCGCGCUGGCGGCCGACGAGCCGCUGCAGCCCGGGUGGCUUUAUUUCGCGCUGCCGCUGCACAUGCUCCGCCGCCCGCUCUCGGGGCAGGAGAUGGCCGCCCUCGCCGUCAAGGCUAGCUCCGCGCUCGCCGCUUCCGCCGGCGUGUCCCCGCCGCGAAAGAACGGGGCGGCCGGCUAUGGCGGCAAGCGACGACGGAAUGCGGGGCGAGUGGCGCCGCUCGCCGCGGUCGAGGAUGGAAAGGGCGGAUCAGAGGGUGGAUGGAAUAAUCAGCACGCCUACGGCGAGCGCAAGGCGGUGGGGAGGACGAGGAAGGGGGCCGGUGGUCACAGAAGCGGCGGCGCUCGCCGUCGUGCGGCGGCCGUGCAAAGGUUGAGCGCCAUUCCGGAGGCGAGUGACUGUGAGUGACGUUCCACGGCGGCCGAAUGUGGAGCGACGAAGGCCUCGAUCGUAGCGGCGUCGCUGGACUGAUCGUGGUGUGGGCGUGUGGCCGUGCCUGACGACCGCCGCCGAAUCGCCGAUGCAUGCACCGCCAAGGACCACGCCGGCGGCAUCCCGGCCAGAGAGCCUGCCAGCGCAGUUCAGCAAUGGCGUUAGAUGUUCGAGUCAGGUGGUGGGCGCUGCCACGGCUGCCUCGAAUGGGCCAUGGCCUCAUGGUGGUGUCGUCGAUCGGAUCGUAGAAGAGAAACAACGGGAUAAAUUGCUCUAGUUGGCUAGUUGAGGAAGAACAGAAGGGACGGAAGGGAAAGAAAAGUUUUCUUUUUGUUCAUGCCUCGUUUUGCUGAGCUGCUCAGCGGGCAGCGCGGUAGCUGUGUAUAACGUACAAGUUAUGUUCCUCUCCUGUGAGAAAAGUUGUAUUUGUAAAUUUUGACCAGUUUUGAAACCUAACAAGUUUAAUAUCCGACCAUCA